AUGUCUUCUAAUAAAAACAAUAAAGUGGAUGGAGAAGAAUCUGAUGUGAUAACAGAUAGUGAGGAGAUAUCAAGCAGUACUGACGAUGUUAACAGCAACGAUUAUACUGACAGUGUUGAUGAUACUGAAGAGUAUGACGAUGACAGUGAAGACAGUGAUGACAGUGAUGACAGUGAUGAAUCCUCUUAA